GGAAGAGAGGGAGGGACCGGUCCCGGCAGAGAGAAAGAGGAGGAGAAAGCUAACAGAAACCAAAGAUGACUGUGUGAAACAAAAUGGAUCCAACCAAGCCCAGCCUUUCCUCAAAGGCACCGCAUGUAAACAACGGUGGGGGAAAUGAAUCAGUGAUGGAGGAAUCAUCUUUGCCAUGGCGAGAUGGCGUGGACAGGGAGAGGCAGAGGGACACAGACACCAGAGAGCCAGAUGCUGUUAAUGGGAUGACAGCUGCUGCAGAGAUCAACCAUCACCACAGGGGGUCAGCAGACAAACACAAGUUCAGCACGAUCGGCUAUCAGAGGCGGACCAAGCAGAAGGUGGUGACUGACUUUGCAACACUGAAUAAAGGACCAUCUGCAGCAGCCAAACCCAGAGCUGCACUAAGACAGGUCCUUUUCAGCCAGGGAGUGUCUGAGAAAACCCCGGCGCCUGAGGAGCGAGGUCAGCUGGAUGUGUUGAAGCAGGAUCUGGCAGCCUUCGCUGUGCCGGUUAAUCUGAGUUGGAGGUGGAAGGAGGAAAGUCAGGGAACCACGCUGGAGAAGAACUGGACAGAAAUAGUGCAAUCUCAUGCGACGAUGUCUAAGACGCAGAGACACCAACAGGAGGCGCUGUGGGAGUUUGUUCACACUGAGCUCACCUACAUCAACAAGCUCAUUAUCAUCAGAGAUCUGGUUAUCGCAGCCCUCGUCAACUUGCAUCAGCAUGGAUUUCUCCUGGAGGUGACCCCUAAGCUGCUUUUCUCCAACCUUUCCUCCAUCCUCAAUUCACAUCAGCUGUUCUGGCAGGAUGUGAUUUAUCCCAUGUUACUGGAAGUCCGGAGGACAGGGCAGCCCUUUGACCCAAUGAUGUUGGAGGCUGGUUGCCUGCAGUUCCACAAGCGCUUCUCUUCCUAUCAGCAUUACUGUUGGGAGGAGGAAAACAAUAUGGAGUUCACACGCAGGCAGAUGGAGAGUAACCCAUAUUUCCUCACUUAUGUCCAGUGGGUGGAGACUCACCCUCAGUGCAACAGGAUGCGCCUCGGCGACAUGCAGGCCAAACCCCAUCAGAGGAUCACAAAGUAUCCUCUGCUGCUCAAAGCUGUGCUGAAAACCACACAGGAUCCUCAUGUGCAGCACACACUCAGAGGCAUGUUGUCCAGUGUUAACAGUUUUUUAGAGAGUAUCAAUGAUUACCUGAGGCUCAAAGACGAGGAACUCGCCCUCACCAUCUCUGCUCAGAGGGUGGAAGGAUAUGAGGUGGAGGGGAUAAAUGAAGACAUUGACAAGCAUGUCCGAGAAAUCUGCCAGUUUGACCUCACAUGCCCAAUCAGAGGAGUAGGUCCUGAUGUCGUACGCAAGCUCCUGCUGGAGGAGAACCUGAAGAUUCGGGGGAGAAAAGACAGCAAACAGCUGGAGGUGGUGGCUCUACUUUUCUCAGAUGUGCUUCUAAUGACCAAAGUGCAGAAGAAAGGAGAGCGGCUGAAAGUAGUUCGACCCCCUCUCGCCCUUGACAGAACGUAUUGCAUAGCACUGAAAGAUGGCUGUUCAUUUGUCCUUGUGGAGGUAGGUGAGCUUCAGAGUGCUAUGAAUGUCUACAUAUUUGCAGCCAGCACCUCAGACAGCUGCUCUACAUGGGUCUCCACCAUCCACCAGGCACAGGAAACACUGAGGAUCCUGAGACAGGCAGAGAACAACAGACAGCUGGAAAACUGGAGAAUCCAGCAGCUGGAGGCCAAACCUGUCACAGAAGUCAAGACAGAUGACAUGGAGACAGAAGAAGAAACUUUAAUACCAUCAAGACGAGAGACUUUUGUGGAUGAACUUGAUGAGGAACUUAUUAUCCCUCGGUCAAUAAAUGGUAUGUUGGCGUCCAGAGAAGCAGAGGAACAGUAUCAACCUCCAGAUGAUGUCGUCACCAACAAUCCUCUUGUACCUUUUUGGCACUCUCAGCCCAACAUCAGUAACCGUAAAUCACUGCAUAGGGGCUUUGCUGGUCGGCAACAAGCGGUCAAAGGACAUGAGUGGAUAGAAAUGGGAGUCAGGACUGAACAAGUGAGGAUUUAUGCAGAGGAAGAAGAGAGAAGGGGGCAAAUGGUGAACUGGAGCCACAGGGUGCAAUCUGCCCCAAAUCUGGAUCAUUACGCUCACAGUAUUGCAACGGACACAUUAAGAAACAACACAGCUGGACCACUCUUAUAUCCAGAUGUGGACUAUCCAAUGGACGAAAAUAUUACUGUAGAAAUUCCUUACCAACAGGCAAUGUCCAAAGAGGGGCCUGAGUUUUUAAGACUACCAGAAGAGGGGGGAACAAGGAGAGACUCCGAUUCGCAGUCUGUGAACCAGGACUCCAGGAGAAAUUCCUACCAGUCUGGAGACGUGGAGACGUUUCCAGAGACUUGGGGUAUCUACAAAAAUUUAAAGUCACCUGGGUUACGGAGAAGGAGGCCAGUCAGUACUCAUCAGGGCCCCUCUACUCAGAGGCAGUUCUUACAGGGCUCAGGACAGACAAACAGCGACUCUUUGUCCAACUCGAACAGCAACCUGAAGAGAAACUCUCUUCCCUCUAGCUCCGAUUCACACCGGGUGCUAAAGCUUGGCUCCCUGAAGCCCAACCAAGGGAUGUUUUGGAACACGCAUGACAGAGUCUCUCCAGACCCCCAAACAUUAUCUGAAUCUGAGCUCUCUGAUUUUAACUUCAAUAACAGAGCCAGAACCAAAAGGAGUGCCUCCAUUCCUAACAUCAUAAUUGAGGGCGGUCAUGGACUUCGUGUGCACUCGGGCAGUCUGUGCCCCUCGCCUCUGCAAGGUCUUCUGGAAAGAGCCAAAGAGAGAGAUGGAUCAUUAAAAAGAGACAGAAAAAUGACCAAUCUGAGGUCGAGGCAUCCUCCUUCGUCCCCCUCGCUUUCCACUACACCAUCACCGUCACCCAGCGAUGGAGACAGAGACACAGAGUGGGGGGAGGGGGAGGUGGAGCUGAUGAGACACCGAGCGCUCACAGUGAGUAAAGGAUGGAAGGAGCAGUUGGUGGAUGGAGAUGAGGAUGACAAGAGGAACAGUGUUGUCUUCUCGGACGGGGUGAAUGUGGACUGGGCAGGUUGGUGCUUUGAUGAUGAUGAAGUCAUGGAUCAUUUACAGCCUGCGGGCGAAGGGGUUAUGGAGGGCAUCAGCCGAUCUUUGGCCUCCUGGGACAUUCAUGGAGUUUCAGAGCAAGACGACGGGGAGUGUAGUCAGGUAUAGCUGAGAAGGUGCACCACAGAGUCCUGUGGUCACAGAACGGACUGCCAACCAACAACUUAUCAUGCAAACUCAAAAUAUGCGCCAUGAACGUGAACUAUGGAGGGACAAAUGAACGAGGACGAUAGGCUUUUUAAAUGAAAAGCUAAAGCACAUAAAAGAGAAAAAACGAACGCCUCUCCAGCUGUUCAACAAGCAUCUAUUUGUCUUCAACCUAAAUAUAUGACCUGUAAUUUUAGCAAAAUAAUGUAAUAUAUAUAUAUUUAGAAUAAUAGAUAAACAUUUGGCCAGUGUUUUGUGUAAAUAUAUAAAACAUUAUUUUUU